AUGCUCAUCACUUUGGGACUUUGUUCUUUGAAAUUCACAUCUGCUGAAGAAUUCACGAAAGGCAAUGCUAAUUACGUCGUCCCUGGCGAAGAGUGGACUAGCAUGCAACCAUUGGCUGAAACUGUUCCGUCUGGGCUUGGAGACCCACCGCUAUCAUCACAGCAACCGAUGCUGUUGCCACUGACAAGGCACGAACGAAGCGUUUGA